GUGCUAUAUAUACCGCCAUAUUGCUCACACCCCGAUAAAAGCAGUUGGCUUCCUUGUAUAGCACAUUAAAAGUCGACGUGUUUUGUAGACAUCGGUGAGCUGUUAAGAGCCCGAAUUUAUUCCAAACAAAACACAAAAUGCAAGCAAUUAAGUGUGUUGUCGUAGGAGACGGUGCUGUAGGUAAAACUUGUCUGCUCAUCAGCUACACAACAAAUGCCUUUCCAGGGGAAUACAUCCCAACAGUGUUUGACAACUACUCUGCCAAUGUAAUGGUAGAUGGCAAGCCUAUUAAUUUGGGCUUAUGGGAUACAGCUGGACAGGAAGACUACGACAGGUUACGACCUCUGUCCUAUCCACAGACAGAUGUCUUUUUGAUUUGUUUUUCCCUGAUCAGCCCAGCCUCAUUUGAAAAUGUUCGAGCUAAGUGGUUCCCUGAAGUCAGCCACCACUGUCCCAAUACCCCAAUUAUCCUGGUGGGCACAAAACUUGAUUUGAGGGAAGACAAGGAAACUGUGGAGAAACUGAAGGAGAAGAAAUUGUCACCUAUCACGUACCCACAAGGCCUGGCAAUGGCCAAAGAAAUUGCAGCUGUGAAGUAUCUAGAGUGCUCAGCCUUAACACAGAAGGGACUUAAAACAGUUUUUGAUGAAGCAAUUCGUGCUGUGCUGUGCCCAACACCCAAGCCUAAGAAAAAGAAAGGAUGCAUGCUUUUGUAACACUGAACUUUGUGGUAAAACUUUUAUAGAAUAGAAUUAAAUACAAUAAGGUCAGAUCAGACCACAGCAUUGGUUUAGACAAGUAACAAACAAGUUUUUUUACACUUACAAAUACACUCACAGUGACAAUUGUAUUUGUCAAGGCAGAUAAGCAACAGUCAAGAAAACAUCAGACACAAAUAUAGCUAGUUAUCUUGUUUGUCUGUUUAUCAAGGGGUUUUCUUGUAGUGUAUUGCAUGCUUUGUCUACACCAUGGGUGAGGCAGUAUUUUACUAGGCAACCAAGUACCACUUACUGGGAAACCCAACUUCUGAUUGACAACAAGUACUUGGAAGAGAAUAUAUGAUAGAUAUUAUUGACAUGUACAGACUGUAUAUACAUAUAUAUGUAGAAAUGAGUUUAAUUAGGUUAGAAAAGAUGAUUAAUCACAGGGAUAGAUCCUUAAUAACAUUUAAGAAAACUGAAUGACUUCAGUCUCUAGUAUUCUACAGGGAUUUUCCUGCGAAGCAAGUGAAACCCAUUGAGUUUUGAAACCUGCACAAUUUUUUCAGACAACUUUCAUAGUUUAGAUUGUAAUUAUUUUGACAGUCUUCUCAGAAUAUCCAUAUGUGAAAGCAAGCUAUUUACAAGAAUUGCUUUCUGUAAUUUCUUUGCUUGGGACUUUGUUGAAAUUUAGCUGAUUAUCACUGGACUCUUGUAGCUGAUAUACACACACACACACACAUAUAUAUAUUAAGUAUAUAUAUAUAUAGGAAUACAUAUUUAAGGUGCUUUAAACUUCCCUCAAAAUCUUGCUUGGAUACUUGACUCUGUUGCUGGAAUUUUUAUCUGUGAUAUGGUUAGUUACUCUCACAAAUCAAUACCCGAUUAAGUAAUUAAGGGUCAACACUGUUACCCAUCAACCAUGUAAAAUUAUAAAGAAUAGUACUUAAAAUUUUUCAGUCUUAUUAGUUCACACUGCUCAGUUCAUGGAUAACUUUCUAAAACCUUUUAAGAUAUCAUUUUACAGAAGCAAUGAUCUUGUAAUCGUUUGAUAAUUAUCCAAAUUUUCUUGAGAACAGUGACAGAUACAUAGUGUUUAUGUUAUGUAACAACAGCUUGGCAGCUGAAGAGCAAGAUCUUGGGGGAAUAUUAUUUUGCUACAUAACUGGCAUUGCAAAAGCACAGCUUGGCUAUACAAAUGCGAAGCAAAGCAUUCUUAGGGUAUUGCAAGAGUGCUUUCUCCAUCUUUCAUUUGGUUUCUUAACUAAAAUGAGCCCACAUUUUCUUAGAAGUGAUAAAUUAUUUGUGAUGCUAGGGCCAGUUGUUAUUUAAAUUUUAAAGGCAAUAAUCAUCAAAAACAAGUUUUGCGCAGAUGUAAAGCACCCAUCCCCUUCAUAGAACUGAACACAUUUCGAAGAGGAGUUAGCUGUUAGUGUUGGUAUUCAGUUGAAUGGGCUAACAAACCUUAAAUUGUGGUGGAUUGCUAACUUUAUUAGUCAAUAGAAUAUUUAUAAGGCACCAGUUAAGAAAGAAGUUCCAGUUUAAAGAUAUUGAAAUAUAUAUAAAUUACAUUUUUUCUUUAGCACUGGGGAUGACAAAGCUUAGAAAAUAAUAAUUUGAAGCUAUUCCAGCUACUCCUAGCGAGUGUGCCUACUUGAAGCUGAUAUGCCAAAGGCUCUAACCUUUCAUGUGAGAUCAUGUAUGAAACUAUCAGGAUUAAAAUACUAAAAUCAUA